AUGGAUGUCAAAUUCCUACUCUAUUGCCCUUAUCAAUGGCAGAGUAAGGGCCGAGAAAUGCUUAAAUUGAAACGCGCUGCACUUGGAGACAAGGCUGCUCAGGCUUCACACUACUCUUGUGUGAGUGAGGUCUCGAGCAGAUGCGUGGACAUACAUGUACACAUGCACUGUCAUGUCAUUAGGUAUGCCUGA